CGAAAAUGAUAGGGGCGAGGCUAUACUCCACCCGCCGCCCACAUUGCCACUGUCAGACAAAAGUACGGUUAGCCAUAACCGCACUGCAACAAUCCGGACGACUAUUAGGUGGCAAUAAAGAAUCACGACAACUGUGCUGCUGCCGCCUAGGAGUCGCCCAGGUGUCGCAGCCCUGGAUUUUCAGACGCUGCGCGGCGGGCCUCCCCAACAUUUCUCUCUCCCCGCCUUUGCAGAUUCGGCGCAAGCCCUAGUGGUUCCUCAGAAUGCCAGUCUGGGGGACACCCCUCUUCUGUUGCCAUGGCAAGAUUCCAAACAGCUGGGAACCCUGGCGAUGAUCUCCAGCCAGCGCCGUCUUGCGUUGGAGCUCUCAGAUGUUCAGACGGGAAAUUCAUUUGGGUCCUGUCAAGAAAAGAAAAUUUUCCCCUUUCAUCAUGCACCAGACCGAUUAGGUAAUCAGUUCGCACCAAUUAAAGGGGAUCCUGACCGUGGACCAGGAACUUAUAAUCAUGCAGAGAGGAACAAUCUUAUAUAUAACUUGGCUAAGAGACCACAGAGUAUCAAAGGCUACAGCAUGGGAGCAAGAACAACACCACGUUUUGUAAUAAUAAACAAGCAUUUGACCCCUGCGCCUACAACAUAUCAAUCAAUAUGGAUCAAAGAACACAAGCAUAAGACUGCUCAUUUCCCAUUUCUCAGCAAUGUACCACGGUUUUUAGAGCAGGUUCAAGAUAGAGAACUCUUUCCUGGACCUGGAACUUACAACCCAAACAAGUUGCCACACAGACAUGUCAGCUGGCCAGGGAAGUUUGGUUCCCCAGACUGGUCUUUGGUUCCAAUGCCACAAAGAAGAACUUUCAGAGCUGAGCUGAUUUCAGAUAAAGAAUUCAAGAAAUAUCGGAAUUUGGUGGCCUAUCUGAGUAUAUAUUACAGUGAUUAAUUCUUGUGGCUGAAGAUAUUUCCUGUCCUACAUACUUAGAUCACUAAUUUACUUUUUAUCAUUAGACAGAAUUAGAGCAUUUUUAAUUAAUUUGUUACUUGGAUUCAAUAUAAAUACUAUUUCAUAAAGAGUUUUUUUGUUACCUUUUAAAGGCUUCUUUUUUCCUAAUGUUCUCUGCUAUUUCAGUAUAAAACCUUUACUCUUUCGAAGUUGCUUCAAAUGUUUGGAUUUUGCCAACAGCCACAUCUGUUAAAAUAUUUCUGGUUUCAAACAGUUUAGCUAGAGAAAUGCUUAAGAGAAAUAUAGAUUUUUAAAGUAUAAUUUCUAUUUAUAUGUCAGUUUACAUCCUAAAGCUCACAAAAGUCAUGCCAAAUUGGAGAAAUUAUUAUGGGAACAAGCAUGUAUUGAUUAAAAUUGAAAAUAUUUUGUCCUGCUACUCCACUGCACUGGCCAAUAUUUUUUGAAACACAAAAGUAUUAGAAGUAUGUGCCAUAUGAUCUGAUACGGUCUUAUGAUACCACUUCUUGGACUGCAUUUUCUGCAUGUAACUGAGAAUGGAAAUUUCAUGAAAUAUAUAUGCAAUGACAUUUUUAGAAAUAUUUUAGCACAGUGUUCUUUUCUGUCUGCUGCAGAGAAGACAAACUUCAUUCGUACUGAACAAGAAACCCACUUUGUGGGUCUAAGCAUGUAGGAUUUCCCACUCAAGGAAAGAUUUCCAUACUAUAUUCUUGUAGGAGAAACCAUGCUUUUCAUUCAACCUGAACUGAGCUGUAGCUAUUGUAUUUAGGAACUAUAUUUGUACCGUACAAUUUUUAACCUUCUGUAUUCUGCAGUAUGGGAGAAAAUACAUGAGUAAUAAAAAACGUAUUAUAAUUUCUAAUCAGUUUUGUGAGAUAAUAUACCAAACUUAUAGCAGACAAUGGCUCUGCUGAUGUAGCAGGAUGCUUAAAUAUUUCUCUGCACACCACUUUAUAAAAAGAUAUUUUAAGUUCAUUUUAUAUAUUCUUGAUUUCUCCAAAAAUUAUAUUUCAUUUAGAAGUUACAUAGAAAGUCUUAUGAUUCCAAUGAAAUCCAUUGUAUGUCUUGUAAACUAGCAGUUUUAGAUUAGAAGGUACACAAAACCACUUGUACCAAAUGGAAAGAAUGUACAGUUUGCCAAACAGAACCUUCACUUUCAAUCCUUCCUCAUUCUAGUGUCUUUUAGAUGUUGAUUGUAUAACUCCCAUAACCUCUGCCAAUUCAUCAAGCUGGUAUGAGGAGACUUGUACAAAUUUUGUAAAAUAUACCACACUAGGAGAAUAUCUUUACAGCAUAAAUCCUGCCUCUCUCUAUCCAGUCAUCCACUUAUUAAAGUAAUUGAUAAUUUACUGUUAAUAACCAAACAUCUCCAAACAUAUUGCUGCAGUGAAAGAAACGUAGAAACUGAUUCUGAGUCAUGGAUUUAUUUUUAAAAAAUUCAAAGAAAAUACCACCUGAACAGGAAGAAUAUAAGACUUGUUAAUCUUCCACUGAAUGUUAUUCUAUUUCUUUCAGGUUGGGUAACAAAGCAUGCACCAUAUUUAUUUUUUGCUAAUAUCAUCAUAAAAGGCAGAAAAUAAAUUUGAUAUUAGAAAUCAUAGAACGGUACCACCAUUUUCUCAACAGUACAUUUUUAUCAGUAAUUUGGGAUUUUGAGUUUUAAAAUAUGACACUGCUUAUUUCAUUACAUAAAUCACUCUAUGUUAUAUUCUCCAAAGUAUUUAUGAUCAAGAAAGUUCAGGAAUGUUGUAUACAGAUGAGGAUGGGGUAGGCUCUCCAGUCUUCUUGCAGAGGCCUAUAGAACAAAUAGACAAAAAAUAUCUGUAAUUGGAAUUUCAAGGUAAAAUAAAUGAAGGCAGAAAAAACUGGAGGUGGGACUUAACAUUUUUUUAAAGUUUAAUAGCAACCUUCUCUGACGAGGGUAUAAAGUUUGGGCUAUAGCAUAAAAGAAUUAAUCGUUUUGUUUGCUUGUCCUACAAUACCUAAAUUGUCUUGCUGGUUGCUAUUUUUUUCUGGGGCUUAUAUUACAAUUAUAUUAACCACAACUUAUUUUUGCUCAAAGGCAAAGUGGUAGUUUCCUAAAGAUCUGUGAGUUUGGGAAAAACAAGUUAGGUUUUCAGUUAUUCAACUGUGGGAAUACAAUAAUGGAUUUACCAUUGCCUUAAUUUAGUUUGACCCAUUGUAUGUACUGUAUAUAUGUUACUGUUAUUCUGAAUAAAACUUUGGGAGUUUAA